AUGAGCCUUGAAGUGACGCCUGAUGGAAAGCAGCUGCGAGUGUCAUGGCUUCAGGAGCCACACGUUAGCGUCUUCGAUCUGGAAUGGCUGCGCUACAAUUCCUACAACCCUCCUUUGCGCAAGGCUAAGGAAAGACCUCAACUCUUGUGGCGGGCCGACGAUCUCGUACAGAAUUUACCCGUCGUUCCAUACGCAGAAGUCAUGGAAGACGACAAUCUGCUCAAAACGUGCCUGUUGCAAAUUGAAACUUUUGGAAUCAGUUUCAUUGACGGCAUUCCAUCCACCGUAGAAGCGACCGACGCUCUAGCUCGUCGCAUCACCUUCGUUCGUGAAACUCACUACGGCCAAACGCAUCUUAUUUCUGCGGAUCUUGCCCACGGAGACGCAGCAUUCAUGCCUGUUCACCUUCCGGCUCACGCCGAUACUUGUUACUUUACGGAUUCCGUAGGGCUCCUGAUGAUGCAUGUGCUGCACCAUACAGGCGGUACGGGCGGCGAAUCCACUUUUGUUGACGGCUUUGCCGUGGCUGAACACCUCAAGAGGGAGCACCAGUGGGCAUACAAAGUGUUAACCAAGGUCCCCGUGAGUUUCCAUUCGGCAGGUGACGAGGAAACGUUGGUGGAGCCAAUCCACGCCUCUUCAAUCCUGCGCGAGCACCCGUUGACAGGAAAGCUUCUCCAAAUCCGACACAACAACGAGGAUCGCUCCGUGCUGCGGGAAGUGGACCCGCACGAUGUGUCGGCUUUCUAUGCAGCUUUAAAGCUAUGGACCGGCCUACUCAAAGAUCCCGUGUUUGAGUACCGCAUCAAGAUGCCCCGCGGGUGCGCGGCCAUGGUGGAUAAUUGGCGUGUUCUGCAUGGACGUACGGCUUUCACUGGAUCUAGAGUCAUUGCCGCCAGUUACCUGAAUCGAGAUGAUUACAAGAGCAGGGUGAAAACGCUCCUGGAUGGCAAUGUUUCCAAGCGCUUCUUGUAA